GAAGCCACCCUCCUCCAUGGCGCCGGUGAUCCUCUACUCCUCGUUUGAGAAACACACUCUGGUAAUCGGAGCUUCAGGAGGCAGUAUGAUCACCAUGGGCUUGGCCACGGCACUGAUGAAUUACCUGUGGCUGGGGAAAACUCUUAAAGACUCCAUCGCAUCACCUGUCGUGUAUGUGGAUGGAAAAAGUGAACUCUCAUUUGAGAAGGCAUUUAAUCAGGAUGUGAUUAAGGCUCUGCAGCAACUCGGCCACACCGUCGUCCGUCGAUCAUAUUUCUACAACACAGUAAACGCUGUGUCCAAACACGAAGAUGAGUGUGUUAAUGCGAUUUCUGACAAGGGCAAAAAGGGGGAACCUGCUGGAUACUGAACCACACACACAUACACACUUACACACACACACACACACACAGAGGAACACACACACACAGAGGAACACACGCAAAAAGGGGGAACCUGCUAGAUACUGAACCACACGCACACACACUCACACACACACACACAUCUUAUUUAUCUAUGUGUAACUCUGACAUAGAGAA